GUCAACUCGCGGUCGACGGUUAUUUUGUUAUGGUUUGAUUGCCUUGCCAACUGUGCUGGAUUUUAAUUUGGGUUCAGAUAUGGAUCGUAAAACAGGAGCUAUAAAGAAAACAAUUGUUCGAAAUGUUGAAGUUCCCCCUAGACUGUCAGAGAAUAGAAGGAGUGUUGUUCAGAACUUCAGUGCAUUGUCAGGGGCGUCUAGUAGCGCGAAAUUGUCGGGUCACGACCAACGUUCCUCGACCACAUCUAGACUAGCCAAGGAGAAUCUAUUUGAGCAAAGUGUUAAGUACAAAGUGCCACAAGUAAACACAAGUGAAAAAUUAAUCGACAGAAUUGAGAGAAUUCAAACUAUGAAUACGAAGAAGGAAGUCAGGCUGGAUAAACUGACACCAAGGAGCAAGGCGGUCGUUAGUCAAGAGAUAACAAAAAAAUUAAAUUUCCCGCCGGAUCAACCAAUCUUCAAAAACCUCAUACCGAUCAACGUCAAUGAUUCGCUUUUAAUAUCAUCAGAAGAACCGAAACCAUUCAGGAAAAAAUAUGUUGCAAAGACGAAUAAAGAUCCUGUGCCAGAAUUGUCCGAUUUUCUAACGCCCAUUCCGCCACUGGAACAUGUGAUACCUUUGGAAGACAAACCACUCAUACAACUUAGACCUAAUAAUGAUUUCUAUAAAUCAGUCUUGGAACUCCAUCUAAAUUUCCAUCCAGACUCCUAAUUAUGAUUACUGUGUAAUCUUGAUAGAAUAAGUAAAACUAGUAAAAUGAAUUAGUUUUCAUAAAACUCAUGUAUGGAUUGACCAAGUUGUUUUUGGUGUGAAUGAAACAAUCUCUGUAUUAUUCCAAUUUCCUUUUAUUAGAAUAAAACAUGAAUAUACAAUUGUUAAUACGUCUAUUAAACUCGUCCUUUUCAUUUCAAAUCACUUUUAUCUGACAUAUUCCUUUCAUUGGGUUUUUGUUUAAUUUUUCGUCGCUUAAAUUAAUGUUCAUAUUUAUAAUUUUCAAUAGUUUCAUCUCCAUAAAUUCCGAAUCGAAUAUAAACUAAAAAAUCAAGUUAACAAUUUUCAGUUUUAACAUUAUGUUAUAUUUUUAGAUUUUUUGUGUCAUUUUAUUUCUGCUUGCGCAUUUCUUUGGUUAUCUUUACAUUAUGUCAAUAAUAUAUCACUAUUCUACCAUUUGAGAAUGAAAGUCACUGCUAUCACUACAUGGUAAGAUAUUUAUGUAAAUACUUGCUUCAUCCUUUACACUUGAUCAUU